AUGAAAAGUAAGUUGUAUGUACCUGGUCUAGGACAAGCAGGAGUUAAUCAACUUGGUGGUAUAUUUGUUAAUGGUCGUCCAUUACCUGAUCAUGUACGUCGAAAAAUUGUUGAAUUAGCAUUAAAUGGUAUUCGUCCAUGUGAUAUAUCAAGAAAAUUACUUGUUUCACAUGGAUGUGUUUCGAAAAUUUUAACGAAAUUUUAUGAAACUGGUUCUAUUCGACCGGGAUCUGUUCAUGGACGACAAUCGAAGAAAAUAAAUACUUGUCAAUCAAAUAAUACUGAAGAAUUAUUAACGAUUGAGAAUCAUCAAGCAAAUUUAUUAUGUGUAUUACAUCGUUAUAACCAAUUUUUCUUCCAACAAACCAAAAAUCCACCAUCAGAUGAUGAAAUUUCAAUUGAAACAAAUUCAUCAUCAUCGUCAUUAAUUAAACAUUCAAUUGAAAAUAUUUUAUCAAAUCAAAUGAUAAAAAAGAAUAAAAAUUCAUCAAUUGAUGACCAAACGAAUAAUAAACGACAGAAACUUUUUACUUGUUAA